ACAUGUAGAACCACACCAACUCAAACCGACACCAACUAACUCUCAGCUAGAGCGAGCGAGCGAGGGAGUGGUAGCCAAAUCUAUUCCAUCUACGCACUCACCUCCUCCUAGCUUCAGCUAGCCAAGUCAAUCCAGGUAUGGACGGGAAGAAGAAGGCUGCCGCUGCUGCCAACGGGAGCUCCUCCAUCGUCGACGACCUCUUCGGCCCCAAGGACGGCGCCGCCUCCCCCUCCUCCGCCGGCUACUUCAGCACCGUCUUCCCAAACCCAUCACCCGCGGCUGGAAAAGAUGCUUCACGUCGAGCAGCAGGAGCAGUUGGGAGUAAAUCAUCGUCGGCAGGGCGGCAGCAACAGCAGACGACCAAGCACGGUGGUUCACCGGAGUCGCCUUACUACGGCUCCUCCUCCGUCAACUACGGCGCCCGGGACUUCUAUCCGGCUGCUGAAUCUCUGCGGCAGUAUCCGGCCGGCGCUGCCGCACCGCCGCCCAAGAACAAGGACGACGGCGACGCCUCGGCAGCCACCCGGGGUGACUGGUGGCAAGGUUCCCUCUACUACUAGCACUAGCAGCAAAGCGAAAAGUGAUGACAUGUGACAUAUAAAUAAUACGAACAGCUAGCUACCACAUAGUAUGUGGCAUGCUUCAUCGUUAUUUCACUGGAUGGAGGAGAUGGUCGACCGAUCGAUCAUCAGCUUAACUAGUUUACUGAAAACUCGCUAUUAUGUUAGAGUUUGUGUUUAGCUUAGCAAGUCAAAAUGAGGUCCAGCUCCUCUAACGUGUGUACUACUACACUCACUGUUGUAAUAUGCCUUCUACCAGACUCUAAUAUAUGUCGUGUGCUUUGUUUGCA